UCUGCCUAUAUCACUUGAAACUGUGAAAUUGUCAGGGUCAUCACUAACCGCCGCCGGGUAACCUGUGCACGUCCCUGAAUCUAGCACUUUGAAAUUCAAUUGUCAGUUUAAUGACCACUUUGUUCUCAUUCGAUUAGAACAACUGUGAGAGAGAUAAAUGUCAUGCAGCAAGACCCGACAAGCACAUGUGUAAUCAAAUCUGGGAUAUCACAGCCUAAUUUAGACACGGGACAUGAGCCUACUCUGGGAGAGUAAAAGCCAAAACCUCUGUUGAUAGAGGUGUUUGUUAAUGUAAAAGUUAAAUUGUAUUUAAUAUAAUGUUAAUGUUUAAUGUUGAUGUCCUGUCUUAAGGAGAAGGAGAAAAGUCAGGCCUUGGCAAAGGGUGGGGGAGGGGUGAGGGCUCUACAUGCCAGAAACUGAUUCAGGUGAAACAGAGAAGGAUGUACAACAGAAAAGCAGAGUAUCAAGUGUCAAGAUGUAUUCUCAGGCCCAGGAGUAUGUUGAUGAGGGCUCUGACAAUCCCAGAUACAACUAAAGGAAGAUACCAUAUUUAAGGAGUAAAAUACAGAACGAAUACAGAGAAUACAGACCACUCCAGAGAAAAACAAUGGGACAUGUUUUUGGUGAAAUCCUGUGAGUCCCCCCUCCCCCCACACACACACACACACAUACACCCUCCUGCUUGCAAAUAGCAUAAAUAGCAGACUGCUAGCAAAUAGCAUCGUCCAUUUGUGGCUCAACGUCAGUGCUCUGUGAUAUACCUGUAGUAACCUAUAGUCACCUUUAUGGAAAUGGCACCACGAAAGGAAAUUAUCACAAGAUGGUGGCUAAAAGGAUGUGUUGAGAGUUAUUAAGAAAACUAUAGUUAUAUGUAUUUGUAGUUCCUAGUUGAGGGAGUGAGACGAUCCUUGUCUAAAUUAGGAUGUUCAGGUGUCCCACUUUGAGUGGUAGUGCACAGCAUUUUGACCCUUUGUCCCACAUCCUGCAUACUGAGAUAAUGUCUUGCAUUUUCAUUGGUCAUUUGGUUUUUAAUUGUUAGCAAUAGGAACACGUGGAUGCGUUAUUUUACCCACCUGGCACAUGAACCGUUGCGGCAUACUUGCUACUCUAUUUAAUGGCAUCAAAAGCAGCAACCAGGGACACAUUCAGCCCCAAUAAAAGGUAACAAAGCGUCUCUUUAAACUGAAGCGGUGGUGCAUUGAGCACACUGUGUUGCCCAAGCUUUGCAACUAUGGCAGCUGAGAAGGCAAUUAUUUCUACAGCACUGUGCUCAUCAUAUCUUUCAUAUAGCAAAAGCUGUAGCCUCUGUCUUAACUGGUGUGCUGUGGUAUUAACUAGAGGACAAAGUAAAGGUGUUUAUGAGCCGAGUAGCAGACUACAAAUGUUUCUUAUUCAGUUAGCUAGACAUUAUAUCAAAGAUUUACGUGACCUUUUAGCAUUGGUAACAUGUCCCACACAAACUUAAUACUCAUCUGGUCACCCUAGUCUUAAUACCUCCAAUAUACUGUAUCCUAAAUUUGACUGCGAUCUCAUCAGUAUCUCUUACUGGGAUGUUAACAGAAUUACAAUUGUUGAAUCCCUUUGUUUGUACCCAAGCUUUUGCAAAACAUUGUAUGUAAAAUGGCACUCACACAACAUAACUAUUCUAUAAUACCCUUGAUCUCCGCAAAGGCAGUGUUUAAGCAUGAAGCUUAUGGCCAUGUGGGUUUCUUGGAGGUGCAAAUGUGGUGACACAUGCCUACAAGUCCUUUCGUGCGUAAGAGGGUGGAGAGGAGAAGUAGGGUGGAGCAACUGAAGUAUCCUCGUCUGACCUCCAGAGGGCUAGCUCAAAACACUCAGGAGAAAUGGCUUCCAGAAACUCUCGGCUCGAGGAUGAUUUGUCCUGCCCCAUCUGCGCACAGAUCUUCCGGCAGCCCGUGGUCCUGUUAUGCAGGCACCGCUUCUGUAAACUCUGCCUGGAGGGCUUUUGGGAUGGGUCCAAGGACAAUUGCAGUUGCCCCUUGUGUUGCCUUCCUUCCUCAAUGGACCAGCUGGUGGUGAACACCAUGCUGGAGAGGACCUGCGAGGCUUACAUCCUGGAGCGCAAGAAGAGUGAUCCUAUGGCAUGCCAAGAGCACGGCAGUACGUUAACCCUUUUUUGCUUGGAGGAACUGCUGCCUGCUUGUGAGGUCUGCAAGUCGUCUCCCCGGCACAUAGGUCACAGGUUGUACUCCUUAGGUGAAGCUGCGUAUGACUGUAAGGAGGAGCUCAAGACUGCCCUUAUACCACUUAAAGAAAAACUCAAGCUUUACAAGAAAGCUAAAGUGACUGCUGAUCAAGUGACAGAGCAUAUAAAGGCUCAAGCUGAGCAUACAGAGAGCCAAAUUAGGGAAGAGUUUGAAUCGCUUUACAACUUCCUGCGGGAGGAAGAAGCCGAAAGGAUUAAGCUUCUGAAAGAAGAGGAGAAAAUGAAGACCCAGAUAAUAAAUGAUCGGAUUACAGACAUAACCGAUGAACUGGCUUCCCUCGCAAACACAGUCAGAACAGCCGAGCAGGAGAUGAGAUCCAAAGAUAUACCAUUUUUAAAGAAUUAUAAGGACACCAUCAAAAGAACCUGGCGUAAACCUUUGGACCCAGACAUGCUCUCGGGAAGUCUGAUUGAUGUCGCAAAGCACUUAGGCUCUCUGAAGUUUAAAGUCUGGGAGAAAAUGAAGGGCAUUGUUAAAUUCACUCCCGUAACCCUGGACCCCAACACAGCAGCCAGCUGUUUCCUUCUGUCCAAAGAUCUGAACACGGUGCAAUGCCUGACUCAGACCUUCAAGCUCCCCAACAACCCAGAGCGCUUCGACGUCAGCGCUGAGUUGCUGGGCUCGGAAGGCUACUGCUCGGGCCGACACACCUGGGAUGUGCAGGUCAGGGACAACACCUACUGGGUGGUCGGGGUGGCCAGCGAGUCCAUCAACCGGAAGGGCAAGCACGUGCUGACGCCCGCAGAAGGCUUCUGGACCAUUCGCUUUCGCAACGGCGAGUACAAGGCUUGCUCGGCGCCCUGGUCGUCCCUGACGAUGACCCAGGAUCCGCUGGUCGUCAGGGUGGUGCUGGACAUGGAUAGGUCCAAGGUGACGUUCUAUGAUCCUCGGGAGAGGACGCCCCUUUAUGCUUUCACCAACAUCGUCAGCCCGAGAUUCUUCCCUUACUUCUGCACAGCGUGCAAGGAACACCCGCUGAAGGUCAUGCCCGUGAGACUGUCUGUGACGGUGGACCGCUAAGGGUCAUGCCCGCGAGACUGUCUGUGACGGUGGACCGCUAAGGGUCAUGCCUGUGAGACUGUCUGUGACGGUGGACGGCUAGACGUCGUCCACAGAAUAUUUGACUGUUGUUCACACGCAACUUCUUUUGUUCAUUUAGUCAAGUCACUUUCAUUUAUAAAGCGCAUUUAAAAGCAGCAGGAAUUAAGUACUUUCCAGUCGAGGCAAAUUGACAAAACAUGAAGACAUGAAUAAAAAGAACAAUAUCCUAGGCAAUGCACUAAAUAUGCGAAGUUCAUACAACUCAGCUGUUAAAAAUCUAAUUUAUGGAACUUGUUCCACAUGACAUGACCUACUAAAACUCAUACCUAAUGCUCAAAAAAUGGUAAAUUAUGAGUUCCUAGCAACAUUAUUAGAUAGUUGGAGAUUCAGUAUCAUUCAUGUUCAUAUAUGCCACAACUCCAACUUUAUUCUCAUUCCCUGGCGAAAUUGUGAAAGUUCAAUAUUUAUAAUUUCAGUCUAUUAAGGUUUUACUGCAUGCAUGCAUUCAUCAGGAGAUAAACCUUGUUUUGUUUUUCAAAUACAAUUGUAUGCAGAAUCACAGAGUACUGUUCAGUACAGGCUAUUUUUAUUUGUCAGUGUGUUUAGUUUUGUGGUAUAUAUUUUUUGGGCUUGACUUGGUUUUUAUUAACACAAAAGCUCAAGAACAUUUGUGCUGAUUUGUUUGUCAGGUGUGUGUUGUUAGUGAUUUCAUUCACAGUUAGAGUUCUUCUUUUAUGCAAUCUUAAAUCCUCAGUUGUUGAUUCUCAGUACUUUAACAAUCUCACUGCCAAAAUCAACCCAGUCACUGGUCCUAUAGGCUCUUCACACUGUGAGGUCAUUUCAAGUGUCAAGUUCAUUUCAAGCCUGUGUGCUAGUAGUAAUAAAACUAAAUAUAAAAAUCACACAAAAGUCCAGGACUGUUUGACCCAAAGGAAUACACUGAAUAAGUGUCUUGAUGAAAAAAGAUUAUGAUGAAACGGACAGUCUUUUGUCUUUUUGAUGUAUCUUCCAGCUGACAUGAAGUUAACAUAACUCGUUAUGGCACUGUGUGGUCGUUAACUUGUUUGCUAA